UGGUUCAAACAGGCGACCACCUCCAUAGCAAUCUUAGUCUCGCGAAAUCCCCGGCAGCACCACCAACCAACCCACCACCAUCACUCUCUGAUGGGCAUAAGAAGUUUCAAUUGUGCGGCAGGCAGAUUGGAAUAUGACGUCAAAAAUUACUUGCCAAAAUCUGUUGUAGUUGAGCCUCACUCAACUUCUCAGUGUGCAGAACCAACCAACGUAACAAUGCUAGUCACAUUUGCUAGUAGUUUGAUCUUGAUGGAGAAGAGGCGAGCAAUGCAGAUAUUCCCAGAAAGUGUACGCAAACUUUGGAAUGAAUGGGAGCUACGCUUUAUGGUUCUACUCAGCCUCUUCCUACAAAUUGUCCUCAUCAUCUUUAGCAACCGACGAAAAUACACAUUUAGACCUUGGAUCAGAAUCCUGAUUUGGUCGGCAUACUUGUCGGCAGACUGGGUGGCCACAGUAUCCCUUGGUAUCCUCUCCAACAGCCAAGGAGAUUCGGAAGGUAAACUUCUAGAUCCAAACUAUACCCUCAUGGCUUUUUGGGCACCAUUCCUCCUCUUGCACCUUGGUGGCCCGGAUACCAUCACCGCUUACUCUUUAGAAGAUAAUGAGUUGUGGUUAAGGCACUUGCUUGGAUCGGUUGUACAAGUUGGAGUGGCUUUCUACGUGUUUCUGAGGUCUUGGGCUGGAACACGACUCACAUUUCUGUCCAUUCCAAUGUUGGUGGCUGGAAUUAUCAAGUGUGGAGAGAGGACCUCGGUUCUCAGGUCUGCAAGCAAGAAUCACUUUAGAGAUUCUUUGCUUCCAGUUCCUGAUCCUGGACCUGAUUAUGCUGAUUUCAUGAAGGGAUAUAGUUCAUGGAAAGAUGAACGGCAGGUUGAUAGAACCGGAAGGGAGAUUGGUGAAAAGCCACCUCAAUCUACCGUUGGUGAUGGCAUUACUGUUCCUAGUAGAAACUAUAUUGACAAAGCUUACUUCUUAUUCAAGAGCCAAUUCAAGCAUCUAUAUGCAGACCUCAUCCUCAGCUUGGAUGACCAAAAAACCAGUGAGGGCAUCAUCAGGUACAUGUCAUCCGAAGACGCCUUCAAAGUGGCGGAGAUGGAGCUCAGUUUUAUGUAUGAUGUGCUAUACACCAAGGCAACACUGAUUUAUUCUCUACUUGGCAUUCUGCUCCGUUCCACCAGCUUCUCCGUCACUAUUUCUACCUUAGCGGCCUUCCACUUCUUCAUCGAUAAGCACGAGUUCUCAAACAUUGACAUCGACAUUACUUACUUAUUACUCUUUGGAGCUAUUUUUCUUGAGGUUUAUGCCCUCACUAAGAUGAUUUUGUCCGACUGGAGCAUUGUCUGGUUGAGCAGCAAGAUGAACUCCCUGGCUGAUUCCAUUUACCGAGCCAUUACCUCUUUUAGAUCAGUUAUAACCAGUGACAAGAGAUGGUCUAGACGCAUGGCACAGAACAAUUUAAUUGAUUCUUGCCUCAGAGACAAAAACAAGUUCAAUCAGGUUCCCAGGUUCCUUGACAUGAACGAAUUCUUAGAGAGGUACUGGUACAUGACUUGGGAGAAGGUGGAUGACAUGAAGGAACCCAUCUUCAGCUUGCUCCUAGAGAUGACAAAUGAUGUCAGGGAUCUCAGGUCACUACUCAAACACAGAGGUGAUUAUGUGAUUACAAAAAGGGGGGUUAUUGAGACACUUGGUUGGAGUAUAGUUGACGUGAAAUUUGAUCACAGCAUCCUUCUUUGGCAUAUUGCAACAGAUCUCUGUAGCUAUUCUGAUGAUGACCCCAAUCCUAAAUCAAGAUGCAAAAUAAGCAAAUGCUUGUCUGAGUAUAUGUUGUAUCUGCUAGUCAUGUGUCCAUUUAUGCUGCCAAAAGGGAUAGGGGAGUUUAGAUUCCGAGACACUUGUUCAGAUACCAAAAGAUUCUUCCAGCAAAGAAGCGAGUCCAUAUCUAACAGAAAUGAAGCUUGCAGAUUUUUGCUUGAAGUUGACACAGAAGUUGAGCCCAAAGAGGUGAAAGGAGAUAAAAGCAAGUCAGUGUUAUUCGAGGCAUGUAGGCUUGCCAAGGAGUUGAAAUCACUGAAUAUGGAGAUGGGAGAGAUGUGGAUGAUGGUCAGUCACGUGUGGGUGGAGAUGUUAUGUCAUGCUGCUAGUCAUUGUGGAUGGAUUCAACACGGUCAACAACUUAGACGAGGCGGCGAGCUGCUCACUCAUGUCUGCCUUCUUAUGUCACACCUCGGUUUAACCGAGCAAUUCCAAAUAUUGGAAGGUGAAAAUAUACCAAAAACAAUACCCAAACCCCUCUUCACGGUGCCUCCUUUGUCUCCCUUGUCUCCCCAUGCCCCCCUUGGCUCCAAACCUCCCCUCUUCACGACUCAUCCCUUGUCUCCCCACGCCCCCUUUAUACAUCUCCGCCCGCCCCCCUUGGCUCCCCGUCUCCACGUAUACUCUGACAGCAUCUCCUCCUCGUAACUACACGCCUUAUUAACAUAAAAUGUAGGCCCAGACAUCGACAGCCUGUAGCGUGCUUGUGACUGAAAUACCUCAUUUCUUUCGUGACUUUCGAUGUGGGAUGGGAUUUUAGAAGGGCACAGAAACGCUAAAAUAUGAAUUUCCUAUGGAGGUCGAUUCCCUUUUUAA